GAUGCAAGCCUCCACAAGGAGUCAAUCCUAAAGCCGAGACAACUGUUCCAAAUAAUAGAGAUAAGAAACAUAAAAUAACUACUUAUACAACAAUCACAAUCACAAAUACAUUAUAUUAUGACGGUUAUGCCACAACAAUUACAACAAUUAACUCUCUAGGAAAUAUUACAACCUUCGCAACAUACAUUUCUCCAUCCACUGUAAUUACGGUAAAAACAAUGGUCUCACCAGUCACACUUGCUGAUGAUGAAGACAAGUCGAGUACGACGAUAAGAUUACAUGAACUUAAUAACCACAGCUUAUGGGUAAUUAGUUUGAUUGUAGUCGUCGCAUCUUUAGUAAUUAGUGUUUUUGUAUAA